AUGGUGUCUACAGCGAAAGUUCUCGUGGCAGCUUUUGCUUUAGCCGGCGGCACUCUGGCUAAUGCGUGCAAGUGUGCUCCUUCGGAUACUUGCUGGCCAUCAUUGUCAGAGUGGGAAUUCUUCAAUCAGACCAUCUCCGGCAAACUCAUUCGCACCGUUCCGCUCGCAUCCGUGUGGUACAAGUCCGAGCCGAACUACAACGAAGAUUCCUGCAAUACCGUUCUUUCCAAUUGGACAACCUGGGCGCUUCAUUCCUCGGAUCCAGCCAGUGUGCCCUCCUCGCCUUCCCUGAAAGGCUGCGAGCCAAUCUACCCCAACGGAACCAGCAUCAACGGGGAUCCUGAUGCCGGUAGCAAGGGCUGUUCUUUAGGCGCUCUGCCUCCUUACGUUGUCAAUGCAAGCGACUCUGGCGACAUUCAGAGGGCACUUGCAUUCGCAAAAGAUCGUAACCUCAGGCUGGCUAUCAAGAACACGGGGCACAAUGGCUCUGGCAGGAUAUGGACGCACAACAUGAAGCAGACCCAAUUUCAUAAACAAUUUAAGUCUCUCUCCUGCCCCGCGAACUCUACGUGGAAAGGUAGCCAAAUGGCUAUCACUAUUGGAGCCGGUGUCCAAGACGGCGAGCUUUACGAUUUUGCACAGAAGAACAAUGUGGUGGCCGUGGGCGGCACGAACAUGGACGUUGGUGUCGUCGGGUGGGCUACCGGAGGAGGACAUGGCCAUCUGACUGGAGAGUAUGGCAUGGGCGCAGACAGCAUUCUCGAAGCCUCAGUCGUCAUCCCCAAUGGUGAUUUGAUCACAGUCAACGCGUGCCAGAAUGAGGACAUUUACUGGGCGAUUCGUGGAGGCGGAGGUGGUACCUUCGGCGUCAUCGUCAACAUGACAGUCAAGGCAUACCCUGUGCCAGAUAUGAUCUUGCUUGGCCUCAAUGUGUCCGCUAACAAUGGUACAUCAACUAAGAAUUGGUGGAAGUUCGUGGCAAAGCUGCACACUCUGCUCCCUGGACUUCAAGACCAAGGAAUCAAGGGUUACUACACCAUCGGAGGGCCCCCUUCGAGCGCGACAGUUGGCAUGGCCGGCUCACUCUUUGCUUGGAAUAUGUCAAACGAAACUGUUGCAAAAGCAGUCGCUCCCAUUCGAGACCUCAUCUCGAAUUCGAGCGGUGUUGUGAGCGGCUCUGUUCAGGUCGUACCGAUUCCAUCCUUCUACGGCCUUCUUACCGGCAUCAAGAUUCCGGAUCACGCCGGGGGAUCUGGGAUUUCUGCCGCAAGACUCAUCAGUCGGAAGGUUGUCACCGAAAACGAGAAUGUACUCGCCGAGGUUUUGGAACAGGUUGGCCCUCAGGCCAUCGCGCCAACAGUGAGCACCCCGUGCCUUCAUGCUCGUUUCUACCAAUUUUUAAAGCUAACCAUCACUCUGAAGGACGGAACCUUGAAUCCUUCCAUGUCUGGAACCAUGACGAUCAGUCAAGUUCCCGUUGACAAUGCGCUGAACCCUGCGUGGCGCGAUUCUGUGGUUCAUCUCAUCACUUCCCAGUCAUGGACGGACUCCACGCCAAACACCACUGUGUCUGCGCUGGUCAACGAGAUGACAUACAACAAGUUGAACGUUCUACGAGAGUUAAAUCCGGAGACGGGAACCUAUCUGAACGAGGUCGGUUGCCCUGAUUUGUGUCCUAUUGCAAACGUAAUUGAGCCUGGUUGGCAAUGGUCUUUCUUCGGAGCCAAUUAUGGACGACUUCGUAGUAUCAAGGUGAAGUACGAUCCUGAGGGGCUUUUGUGGUGCCCGCAAUGUGUUGGAAGCGAGGAAUGGAUAGAGAGCGAGGACGGUACCUUCUGCAGAGCUUCGAAGCCGUUCUAG